CUGUGUGUGUGUAUAUAUAUAAUUAUUCUUAUCUAAACAUUGAAAUUUAAUGUUGACUCACUCACCAAUACAACUGGUUUUGAUUGCCUUGGGUAGUUGUUUAUUAUUGUACUAUAUAUUUUUAUCACCGUCCAACCAAGGAUGCACAGAUGAUGAUUUUGGCGGGUCCAAAAGGAAGGGCUUGGCUUACUACGAUAUGGAUCACCCAAUAGAAAAUACUACUGUCAAUACACGUAUGGACCAUGUCUUGAUCCUGACACCAUUUAAAGAAGCAGCUCAGCAUAUCGAACGAUAUUUUGAUAAUGUAAACAAGUUGACGUAUCCACAUGAUCACAUCUCGCUGGGGUUUCUCGUUAGCGACUCGACGGAUGGUACGAUAGAAAAACUUCAACAACGUGCACAACAAGCCAUGCAAACUUCACCAUGGGAACGGUUCCAUCGUAUCAAUAUAUUUCAAAAGGACUUUGCUUAUGAAUUGGCAUCCAAUGAAGAUCGACAUGCUUUCUCCGUCCAAGUCAAACGACGACAGAUCAUGGCCAAAUCAAGAAAUACUCUCUUAUCUGCUGCUUUGACUCAAGAAAUUGACUGGGUGCUAUGGUUGGAUGGUGAUGUGGUAGAAUAUCCUCCAUCCUUAUUGGAAGAACUCAUGGGCUUGGACAAGGAUAUUGUGGUCCCUAAUUGUUAUUGGCAUUCUUAUAAUGAAGAAGGUGGUUAUGAUCGAAACAAUUGGCAAGAAACUGAUCAAAGUUGGGAAUUUCAACGUACAUUGAAAUCAACAGAUGUUUUGGUAGAAGGCUAUAAUGAAUUGAUUACACAUCGAAAAUUAUUAUUGGAUAUGCGAUUUGAAAAUGAUGAAACGGAUUUAUUUUAUACGGUACCAUUGGAUGCUGUUGGAGGGACUUGUACUUUAGUCAAGGCAAAAGUACAUCGAGAUGGUGCGAUUUUCCCAUCAUUUCCAUUCCAACAUCAAGUGGAAACUGAAGGAAUGGCAAAGAUGGCUAAGGCUCUUGGGUAUGAAAUCUUUGGCUUACCAAAUUAUUUAGUAUAUCAUUAUAUUUAGAUAGAAUAGUGAUUAUUAUUAUUGAUCGGAGAAACUUUUGGUUUUUCCGGGUAUUUUGAAUAAAAAAAAAGAACCUUGUAUAUUUUAGUCAUUUCA